GUCUAGUGUUCAGGCUUAGUUGCAAACGACUGUAUCGUAAACUGUUCAUUAGUAAUCAGAUCAAUUAAUAGACAAAAUAUUUGCGCUUUUUACAUGGAGUAUGCGAAAAAAACCCUGCAGAACGAGGAAGAAAAAGCCCUUUGUUGUUGCGAAUGUAUUUAGGAGCCACAAUAGAUAGACUGGGUUACCUGUAGCUAACACGGAUAUCCGGUCCUGAAACGAGAACUCGAGAACUCGUGUCGAAGAAGAAACGACGAAACAGUUGUUGCUUUUCACCGUAAUGCUGGAAUGAAGAUCGUAUUAGUAAAUAACUGAAAAACAACCAUUCAAAAGGAAUGUAUUUAGGCUGUCGUGUCGUACGUGGCCCAGACUGGGAAUGGGAAGACCAAGAUGGCGGAGAGGGCUGUGUAGGCACAGUAGUAGGAGCAGCACAAAAUGAGGAAGAUAGUGCUGAGAGUACAGUAUGGGUGCAAUGGGACACUGGUGCACGAGCCAACUAUAGAGCAGGCUUAGAUGAAAAGAUGGAUUUAAGAGUCUAUGACAGUAGUGGGUCAGAAAAACCAGUGAAGGUCAAUGGAUUUACCUCCACAUGUGAUGGAUGUGCCAAGAAUCCUGUUAUUGGUUUGCUAUGGCUCUGCAUGAACUGUGAUGAUUAUGGGUUAUGCACGAGAUGUUAUAUGGGAGAUACCCAUAGCUUGGAUUGCCCUUUCAAAAGAAUUGACAUGACAGGAGAAAGUGUACUUGUUGGCAAACGCGAAGAAGCAACGAAAGUCCAAGCAAGAGGUACUUUUAGUCAAGCAAGAGUAGAAAGAGGACCUGAUUGGCGCUGGGGAGCACAAGAUGGUGGUCCAGGUGGAAAGGGAACGGUGGUAGAAACAAGAAGCUGGAAGAAUGGAGCUAAAAAUAGUGUUUCAGUCAAAUGGGACAGAAGUAGCAAGGAGAAUGUGUACAGGCUCGGUUUUAAAGGAAAGGUCGAUAUAAUAUCAACCACACCAGCAACUGGAGGCUUCUACUACAGGGACCACCUGCCAGGACUACGAAUACGAGCCAAGAAGACGGUCAGCGGCUUUACCACUGAAGACAAAGUCAAGGUUAACGUCACAAAGGAACAGCUGAUGGAGUUAGCUGAAGGCCAUGGAGGAUGGACUGAAGACAUGGAAAAGUGUAUUCCAAAGAUCGGUGAUGUCCAUGAUUUUACCAAGUCUGGUGACGUCAUUGUAGAUUACGAUGGUGAAAAGUUUCGGUUCGCCCCACAAGCACUCGCCAAGGUCCCUCAUUAUAAAAAAGGUGAUAAAGUGUUGGUUAGUGAAGACAUGAAUUUGGUGGAGAAACUGCAAGAUGGACACGGUGGAUGGAACCACAGAAUGAAAGCGAUGUUGGGAAAGAUAGGCACGGUGAAGAAAGUUGAGAGCGACAAUAACGUGGUCAUAAAAGUGGAUAACGACAUCUGGAUGGUAAACGCCGCUAUUUUGACUCUACACGAGGCAGCUGCAGACGGAGAAGUGGAAGAAGAUAGUGACGACGAUGAUGAACAUCCACUACAAGCACUCUUUAAGCAGCACGCUCUUCAGAAACUAUUGACAGAUGCAUUCUCGGAAAUGUUUACUGGGGAAGGAAAGACACAGAAAGAAGAUGAUGAAGGACUGGCUCUCGUGCAAGCUGCGGCUAAUGGUCACGUGUCACGUGUCACGCAAGCACUCGAUGAACGCCCUGAACUGUUGAAUUAUAAGUCGUCACUGCUUGAGAAGACCUGUCUGCACAUGGCAUGCCACAGCGGUUACUGUGACAUUAUCCAGCUACUGCUGGAGAAGAACGCUGAUAUUUCAAUCAAGGAUGGACAAGGAUACACCGCCAUCCAUCAUGCAGCUUAUGGAGAUAAAACCGGCGAAGCAAUGAAAUUAAUGAUUGCGCACGGGGUGGAUCCGAACAUCGCUGACAACGACACCAAAUGCACACCAUUACAUCUGGCUGUCAAAGAAUCGAAUGACAAUGCUGUUAGAAUACUGGUGCAGACAGCUACUUGUGAUGUUAAUCUGCAGGACGUAGUUGGAGAAACGCCCCUGCACGACGCCAUAUCAAAACGAAAUAACAACAUCCUUGACUUGAUCUUGGACGCGCCGAAAAUAAACCUCACGCUGAAAAACAAAAGUGGAUUCAACUUCCUGCACUUGGCAGCGUACAAAGGCAACUCAUAUGCUGCAAGAAAAUUACUUGCCAAGUCUCCAGAGUUGGUGAACGUGCCCAAAGAAGAUGGUUUCACGUCUUUGCACUUGGCCGCUGUCAAUGAUCACUGUGACAUUGCUGAAAUCAUCCUGGCGCAGAAUGAUUGUAAGGUCGACUGUCGCACGAAAAACAACCAAACACCACUGAUGUUAGCCGUACAUGAAGGAUACCUGAAAAUGGUCAAGAUCUUUGAGCAGCACGGGGCAGACGUCAACGCAGCUGAUGAGGAUGGUGAUACACCUCUUCACGUCUCUCUUAUGCGCGAGAAAUUCUUCUCCGUAGGAAUGGGCUCGCUGCUUGGUCUGUUUGGUAAGAGCACUAGUUCGUACACAGAGAUAUCACGGUACUUGAUAUCGCAUGGCGCUAAUGUACGUCAACCUAAUCAGGCUGGCAAGACUCCCAUGGAAUACGGUGAAGGCACCAAAGCUGAACCAGACCUCAGGAAAGCCUUUGAAGAGACCAAGGUAAAGGAAGAGAAAAAACCAACUGGAAGUGAAAAAAUGAAUAUAGUUAAUAACUUUGCAAGCAAAAAAGAAGAAGACACUGUGCAGGCCAGAGAACUAAUGGAAGUAAACCAAGAGAUCAGCGAAAACCAAACGGUCACUCGUUCAAUAGAUGGGUUUAAAAAUGCACAGACACUGGAAGCUAAAAACGUAAAAACCGAAGAGGGAGGGACCUCGAAAGAAGACAGUCAACAGAAAAUGUCUGGUAAGCAAGUGGAAGAGGAAGAAGAAUUCCAGAACGGAACCAGUUCACCAGUGAAGAAAACUAAGAGGAGUUGUUUGAUUUGCAUCGAUGGUGAAGCAGACGUUGUAUUCAAGCCAUGUGGACACACUGUCCUGUGUAAAGGGUGUUCUGUUCGAGCUAAACGCUGUCCAGAAUGCAAGCAACUGGUGAUGAACAAGACAACUGAAGAUGGAAAAAAAGUACCUCCUAAAGUCGAAAAAGAGGACCUGGACGCGAAAGAAAAGUUGCAAUCAACGGAGAAAAAGCUAAAGAAACUCGAGGAGAUGGUAACUUGCUGUGUUUGUCUGGAAAGGAAGAAAAACAUCAUCUUCUCAUGCGGGCAUGGCGCAUGUCAGGUCUGCGCUGAACAUCUUAGUGUUUGUGCUAUCUGUAAAAAGGAAAUCCAAAAGAAAAUAGCCAUAUUCCGUCAGUUCAUAGUGAGUCAGAACAAGGUUUUACCUGAGCUGAAGGACUAUAACCAUUCAAAAGGAAUGUAUUUAGGCUGUCGUGUCGUACGUGGCCCAGACUGGGAAUGGGAAGACCAAGAUGGCGGAGAGGGCUGUGUAGGAACAGUAGUAGAAGCAGCACAAAAUGAGGAAGAUAGUGUUGAGAGUACAGUAUGGGUACAAUGGGACACUGGUGCACGAGCCAACUAUAGAGCAGGCUUAGAUGAGAAGAUGGAUUUAAGAGUCUACGACAGCAGUGGAGCAGCGUCUAGUGCAGGAAAACAUAUCUUGGUUAUGUGUGAUGGAUGCAAUCAGCAGCCUGUUCUUGGUAUUCGUUGGAAAUGUAUGACGUGUGAUAACUAUGAUCUCUGUACAAGCUGUUACAUGGCAGAUACCCAUGACUUGGAGUGUGUGUUUUCUCGGAUGGAAUACCAAAAUGGACAACGUGUUCCAGUUGGCAAACGCGAAGGUGCGACAAAAAUCCAAGCAAGAGGUACUUUUAGUGGUGCAAGAGUAGAAAGAGGACCUGAUUGGCGCUGGGGAGCACAAGAUGGUGGUCCAGGUGGAAAGGGAACCGUGGUAGAAACAAGAAGCUGGAAGAAUGGAGCUAAAAAUAGUGUUUCAGUCAAAUGGGACAGAAGUAACAAGGAGAAUGUGUACAGGCUCGGUUUUAAAGGAAAGGUCGAUAUACUAUCAACUACACCAGAAACCGGAGGCUUUUACUAUAGGGACCACCUGCCAGGACUACGAGUACGAGCCAAGAAGACGGCCAGACAAAGUCAAGACAAAGACAAAGUCAAGGUUAACGUCACAAAGGAUGAGCUGAUGGAGUUAGCUGAAGGCCAUGGAGGAUGGAAUGAUGACAUGGAAAAGUAUAUUCAAAAAAUCGGUGUUGUCCAUGACUUUACCAAGUCUGGUGACGUCAUUGUAGAUUACGAUGGUACAAAGUUUCGGUUCGCCCCACAAGCACUCGCCAAGAUCCGUCAUUAUAAAGCUGGUGAUAAAGUGUUGGUUAGUGAAGACAUGGAUAUGGUGAAGAAACUGCAAGAUGGACACGGUGGAUGGAACCACAGAAUGAAAACGAUGUUGGGAAAGAUAGGCACGGUGAAGAAAGUUGACAGCGACAAUGACGUGAUCAUAAAAGUGGAUGACAAAACCUGGAUGGUAAACGCCGCCAUCUUGACUCUACACGAGGCAGCUGCAGACGGAGAAGUGGAAGAAGAUAGUGAUGACGAUGAUGAAGAUCCACUACAAGCACUCUUAAAGCAGCACGCUCUCAAGAAACUAUUGGCAGAUGCAGUAUUGACAGAUGUAUUCUCGGGAAUGUUUACUGGGAACGAGAAGAAACAGAAAGAAGAUGAUGAAGGACUGGCUCUCGUGCAAGCUGCAGCUCAUGGUCACUUGUCACAUGUCACUCGAGUAAAUUAUAAGUCGUCACUGAUUGAAAAGACCUGUCUGCACCAUGCAUGCCACAGCGGUUACUGUGACAUUAUCCAGCUACUGCUGGAGAAGAACGCUGAUACUUCAAUCAAGGAUGGACAAGGAUACACAGCCAUCCAUCACGCAGCUUAUGGAGAUAAAAGCGGCGAAGCAAUGAAAUUAAUGAUUGCGCACGGGGUGGAUCCGAACAUCGCUGAGAAGGAUACCAAAUGCACACCAUUACAUCUGGCUGUCAAAGAAUCGAAUGACAAUGCUGUUAGGAUACUGGUGCAGACAGCUACUUGUGAUGUUAAUCUGCAGGACGUAAUUGGAGAAACGCCCCUGCACCACGCCAUAUCAAAACGAAAUAACAACAUUCUUGACUUGAUCUUGGACGCGCCGAAAAUAAACCUCACGCUGAAAAACAAAAGUGGAUUCAACUUCCUGCACUUGGCAGCGUACAAAGGCAACUCAUAUGCUACAAGAAAAUUACUUGCCAAGUCUCCAGAGUUGGUGAACGUGCCCAAAGAAGAUGGUUUCACGUCUUUGCACUUGGCCGCUGUCAAUGAUCACUGUGACAUUGCUGAAAUCAUCCUGGCACAGGAUGAUUGUAAGGUCGACUGUCGCACGAAAAACGACCAAACACCACUGAUGUUAGCCGUACAUGAAGGAUACCUGAAGAUGGUCAAGAUCUUAGAGCAGCACGGGGCAGACGUCAACGCAGUUGAUGAGGAUGGUGAUACACCUCUUCACGUCUCUCUUAUGCGCGAGAAAAUAAGAAUUGGCUCGCUGCUUGGUCUGUUUGGUAAGAGCACUAGUUCGUACACAGAGAUAUCACGGUACUUGAUAUCGCAUGGUGCUAAUGUACGUCAACCUAAUCAGGCUGGCAAGACUCCCAUGGAAUACGGUGAAGGCACCAAAGCUGAACCUGACCUCAAGAAAGCCUUUGAAGAGACCAAGGUAAAGGAAGAGAAAAAACCAACUGGAAGUGAAAAAAUGAAUAUAGUUAAUAACUUUGCAAGCAAAAAAGAAGAAGACACUGCGCAGGCCAGCGAACCAACGGCCACUCGUUCAAUAGAUGGGUUUAAAAAUGCACAGACACUGGAAGCUAAAAAGGUGAAAACUGAGAGGACUUGUUUGAUUUGCAUCGAUGGUGAAGCAGACGUUGUAUUCAAGCCAUGUGGACACACUGUCCUGUGUAAAGGGUGCUCUGUUCGAGCUAAACGCUGUCCAGAAUGCAAGCAACCGGUGAUGAACAAGACAACUGAAGAUGGAAAAAAAGUACCUCCUAAAGUCGAAAAAGAGGACAUGGACGCGAAAGAAAAGUUGCAAUCAACGGAGAAAAAGCUAAAGAAACUCGAGGAGAUGGUAACUUGCUGUGUAUGUCUGGAAAGGAAGAAAAAUAUCAUCUUCUCAUGCGGGCAUGGCGCAUGUCAGGUCUGCGCUGAACAUCUUAGUGUUUGUGCAAUCUGCAAAAAGGAAAUCCAAAAGAAAAUAGCCAUAUUCUAAGCGAUCUCUGGGGUGGGCUCCCUGUGCACUCCGAAAACAAGGCCAUGGAAGUAACUGGUUCCCUGCUAGAACAGUCCUAUUCCUUUUUUUACAAAUAAAAAGAAAGACUCCCCCUGCACAUCAAGGUAGAAUUAGGACUGCUAGCAGAGAACCAUGUUGGAUAUUAGAGUUUUAGAUUCACAUUUUUUCUUCCAACAAACGUUAAAUUUGACCACGUUUUCAUCGUUUCUCUGCAUUUCACUUUACCUUUUGCAUACAGUACCUCCUCAACAAAGAUUUUGGCGAUUUUAGAAGUUUUCACUGAUAGUUAACUUUUCACGUUUCACAUUUGUCGUAUACGAGAUUCUAAAACUCUCUAAUGACGAAAAACGAUAACGACUACAACAGCAGCAACCAUGACAACCACAACGAUGACACCAACAACAGCAACAACAACAACGAUGACAUGAACACCACCAACAACAACGAUUACACCAACAACAAAAAAGCAUGCAACAGCUUGCCCGUCCAAUCUCUAGAUUAACCGCUCUUAAAUUAAAACUACGUAAUUUCUUGAUAGAUUAACUUGAACCUGCUAACCAAAUUGAAGAAUUUUAUUCUAAUUUAAAACUUUCGUUUCCGAGAGCCGUAUGUUAGGUGAUGAUGAUAAUGAUAACUUAUGAUGAUGAUGAUGAUAGUUUCUGCUAGUCACGAUACAUAGACAAGUUUUUAGUCAUUCUUUUAACAUUGCAAAAAACUUUAGAUUAUUACAUGAUUAUUUUAAGAGUAUAGAUAGAGUGCACGCACUAAAACCGUGAACAUUAAAUAGUACUAAUUAGUACUAUUUCAUACAGAAUCCUUUGUUUUCUAUUGUUUAAUUAUCACUAUUUAGUGCUAAAAAUUAGUAUUUGUUUCACGGAUUUAGUGUGAGCACUCUAUUAGGGUUUUCUAGUAAAGGUGCAUAGACAUGUUUAAGGUAAUUCAGAGGAAUAGUAAGUCAAGUUUUCCCCCUAUCUUUUAUUCAUUUUAGCUCAGUAUUAUAGGAGCUUCUGAUUUAUUGUUAUAUUGCAAAUAGUUUUAGUAACUUAGGAUUCCAGAAUUGUUUGUAAAUUAGGUUUUCAUGAUAGUUCCAUAGGUUACGCAUGGCACCAUAUGAGGUCUGGAUGUAAAUAUGCAUUCAGAAGUUUAAUAAACUACAUAAUACUAAAAACAAGACUGAAAAAAAAAAAAAAUA